CAGCGUUUUGCAUUCACUUCAGCCUUGCCUGCGCGGAUCGAGGAAAAUAAACAUAUUGGCUGUGUCUCGUUUCGAAAGCUGCGUGUUAGGUAGGACGCGUCCUUUGAAGGCUGCAGUAUACCGAGCAUCCUCCUUUAAACAAAUCUCGUUUAAAUGAGCCGGCCUUCAUAGGACAAACGGAAACAGAAGGUAUAAUGGUUGCUAUGACAGCACGCCACUCUUUAACAAGCGCGAGCGCUUUGAGUGAGAAGGGAACAAAGUUCCUUUAGAAGGGAAUGUAUGAGGUACAUUUUAGGAGAAUUAUAAUGAUGUAAAGAGAGAGAGAAAAAAAUGAUUUUACAGGUGUACUUUUAGUCUAAUACUUUAUUUUAAUUAUAUAUUCAUAUAAUUAUACAUAUUAUAUACUCUGCACCCAUCUACUGAGGUACUUCAACUUGGGAAUUAACAUUCCUUGUGUUUGAACAUCAUAUUUACGGGCAAAUUUGCGUCAUUUUUUUGUUUUUUUUUAAUAGACAUUUCCCUUGAAGCAAAGAAUUGUGGGUUGUGAGUGCCCACGAAGAAUACACCUCAUGCGUCCUCCGAAUUCCCGCGAAAGAAGGUCGCAUUCAAAGUGUCCUACUCGCUUUUAUGAAACGAGACAGCCUCGAUGACGUAUGCGGCCGAGAAAUGCGACCUCCGGAGGACGCAGCCUUCCAAAUGAGACACAGCCAUUCUAUGGUUAAAGUUCAAGAACAUGGCGGCCUGAGUGAAGAUGAUCAAUGAUAUAGUAUAGCUAUGCAGUUAGUUGCCACUUGUAUUUUAUUCCUUAAGACCAGGCGUUGACUGCGUGCUCUGUGUGCAAACGCGUAUCAUUAAUCACACAGAAUCUGCAACAUGCUCCGAGCUCUAUCAAGAAGCCAAACUCCUGUCGCUCGCCUUCUCGCUCCUCGGAGUGAGGUUAUCGUUGAAACUGUCCGGGGUAGAAAAUCUCGCACAGACCCAAAAGCGAAGUCAAAACUCGGACGGAUCAAGACUCCCCCUCCCGUGGAUCCUGUGGAAAUGGUUGUGUUAAAGGAACGUUUCACUGAGUACGAUCUGAUCGUGAGAGCCCUGCGACUGGAGUUCAAAGAGGAGAUGUUGAGGAAGAGAUAUGAAGAUGAGGUAGGUUCCCUGGCAGAGGAGAGAGCCAAACAGGAGGCUGAAGAGCAUCGGUCAUUAAUGGCCUGGAAUGAUGGCGAAAACCUCAAAUUGCGAAAAAUACGAGAGCAGCGUGUGCAGAAGGAGGCUGAGGUUAUGAAACUGAAGAGGAGAGAAGAAGCUCUCUUAGGUCAACAAGAGCUGGAGAACUAUAUUAAAGAGAAAGAAAAAGAAAUUCUACAACUACAGGAAGAGGCAAAGAACUUCAUUACAUUGGACAGUCUUGAUCAGAGGAUUGAGGAGGCUCUUGACAACCCGAAAAACUACAACUUUGCCAUCGAUAAAGAAGGACAUGUGGUUAAACGGACUGUGCUUCAAUGAUAGAUGCAGCAUUUAAAGAAUUAAAAUUCCUUUGUACAUAAAAUAUAUCAUGUUAAGGUUUAA